AAUUUCAGGGUAGUGCUUGUGGAGAAUAUUCCAGAAGAUGUUACCUUCUCUGAGAAUGGUACGGCCCACCUCCCCCUCUCUGCUGGGCUGCACAGCCUGUUGGACAUGGCCGUGGCUGGUCACUCUGUGGAGAUUGUGUCACCUCAAUGGAACCUGAACUCCUCCGACUAUGAAUCCAGCUUCCUACAAUCUUCUAGGCAGGUAAGCAAAGCAACCAAUCAGGUAGCCCCCCAGGCCAAGUAAAGCAUUACUGUUUAUCACACCUAGCCAUAACGCUUACUUUACGUUGCAGUUUUACUUAUGGUAUUUUUCUUGUCAACAAAACCUGUUUUAUUGGAAGAUGCUCAUUACUGUUCUUCCACCAAGAAUACAAAUAAUGUACGUUUUAUUGUCACAUGCACAAGUACAGUAAAAUGCUUAACUUGCAAGCUCUCCCCAACAGUGCACUUAUCAAUAAAAUAGAAUAACUAAUUUUUUUUAAGUACCCUACCGGUCAAAAGUUUUAGAACACCUACUCAUUUCAAGGGUUUUUCUUUAUUUUUACUAUUUUCUACAUUGUAGAAUAAUAGUGAAGACAUCAAAACUAUGAAAUAACACAUAUGGAAUCAUGUAGUAGCCAAAAAAGUGUUAAAUAAAUCAAAAUAUAUUUUAUAUUUGAGAUUCUUCAAAUAGCCACCCUUUGCUUUGAUGACAGCUUUGCACACUUGUGUCAUUCUCUCAACCAGCUUCAUGAGGUAGUCACCUGGAAUGCAUUUCAAUUAACAGGUGUGCCGCCUUAAAAGUUAAUUUGUGGAAUUGCUUUCCUUCUUAAUCCAUUUGAGCCAAUCAGUUGAGUUGUGACGAGGGGGGGGGGGGGGGGGGGUAUACAGAAGAUAGCCCUAUUUGGUAAAAUACCAAAUCAAUAUUAUGGCAAGAACAGCUCAAAUAAGCAAAGAGAAACGUCAGUCCAUCAUUACUUUAAAACAUGAAGGUCAGUCAAUACGGAACAUUUCUAGAACUUUGGAAUUUUCUUCAAGUGCAGUUGCAAAAACCAUCAAUCGCUAUGAUGAAACUGGCUCUCAUGAGGACCGCCACAGGCAUGGAAGACCCAGAGUUACCUCUGCUGCAGAGGAUAAGAGUUUAAUAAAUAAAUGCUUCACAGAGUUCAAGUAACAGACACAUCUCAACAUCAACUGUUCAGAGGAGACUGUGUGAAUCAGGCCUUCAUGGUCGAAUUGCUGCAAAGAAACCACUACUAAAGGACACCAAUAGGAAGAAGAGACUUACUUGGGCCAAGAAACACGAGCAAUGGACAUUAGACUAGUGGAAAUGUGUCCAAAUUUGAGAUUUUUGGUUCCAACCGCUGUGUCUUUGUGAGACGCGGUGUGGGUGAACGGAUGAUCUCUGCAUGUGUAUUUCCCACCGUAAAGCAUGGAGGAGGUGGUGUUAUGGUGUGGGGGUGCUUUGCUGGUGAGACUGUCUGUGAUUUAUUUAGAAUUCAAGGCACACUUAACCAGCAUGGCUACCACAGCAUUUUGCAGCGAUACGCCAUCCCAUCUGGUUUGGGCUUAGUGGGACUAUCAUUUGUUUUUCAACAGGACAAUGACCCAACACACCUCCAGGCUGUGUAAGUGCUAUUUUACCAAGAAGGAGGGUGAUGGAGUGCUGCAUCAGGUGACCUGGACUCCACAAUCCCUCGACCUCAACCCAAUUGAGAUGGUUUGGGAUGAGUCGGACCGCAGAGUGAAGGAAAAGCAGCCAACAAGUGCUCAGCAUAUAUGUGGGAACUCCUUCAAGACUCUUGGAAAAGCAUUCUAGGUGAAGCUGGUUCAGAGAAUGCCAAGAGUGUGCAAAGCUGUCAUCAAGGCAAAGGGUGGCUAUUUGAAGAAUCUCAAAUAUAAAAUGUGUUUUGAUUUGUUUAACACUUUUUUGGUUACUACAUGAUUCCAUAUGUGUUAUUUCAUAGUUUUGAUGUCUUCACUAUUAUUCUACAAUGUAGAAAAUAGUAAAAAAAAAUAAAAAAAUAAAAAAACUUGAAUGAGUAGGUGUUCUAAAACUUUUGACCGGUAGUGUAUAUAAUAAAGAAAACAAGUAAUAAGAGAAAGCGAUAUCCAGGGAGUAUAUAUGCUGUCUUGUUCACCUUAUUCCACCUGCUUUGAUUUCUUGUUGCUUCAAAGAUCAGCCUUAAGUCCAGUCUUAUCGAUCUCUCACACAUUGGCUUUAUAGACUUAUGCAGAAUGGGUAUGGCCUUUUUUCUGCCAGAAUGUGCCAUUAGUAGGUUGCAGGCAAAGCCGAGCCCAUCCAUUGUGGACGGCCAUUAGCACUCAAACACCCCUGCUUAAGAGGCUAAAGUUACACUGGGGUUUGGCUAAAAUGGCGGCGUUGAGGUUUGGACAGCCCCUGUAUCUACCCACUGGCGUUUACUUCAUUGGGCCUAAUGGCACCCCUUGGCAGUUUAACUGGAGAGAAAUUGCACUUGGGAGGCCUCCAGGCUACACAAACCUAAUCGCUGGAGCCUGGCCCAAUGUUAAAAAUGGAAUUAAAAUAAAAUGCAUUUUUUAGUUUUUGGUAAAUAAAAACACUAAAAUAAUAUAAUAUAAUAUGCCAUUUAGCAGACGCUUUUAUCCAAAGCGAGCGACUUAGUCAUGUGUGCAUACAUUUUUACGUAUGGGUGGUCCCGAGGAUCGAACCCACUACCCUGGCGUUACAAGCACCAUGCUCUACCAAUUGAGCUACAGAGGACCACAAGGAAUUCAGCUAAAAAUGAAUUUUAAUUUAGGAAAUCUGUUCCAAAGUAUUCCCACGAAUAAAAAGAGAUACAUACACUAUAUAUACAAAAGUAUGUGGACACCUCUUCAAAUUAGUGGGUUCGGCUAUUUCAGCCACACCCAUUGCUGACAGGUGUAUAAAAUAGAUUACUCAGUCAUGCAAUCUCCAUAGACAAACAUUGGCAGUAGAAUGGCCAUACUGAAGAGCUCAGUGACUUUCAACGUGGCACUGUCAUAGGAUGCCACCUUCCAACAAGUCAGUUAGUUAAAUUUCUGCCCUGCUAGAGCUGCCCGGUCAACUGUAAGUGCUGGUAUUGUGAAGUGGAAACGUCUAGGAGCAACAACGGCUCAGCCGCAAAGUGGUAGGCCACACAAGCUCACAGAACAAGACCGUCGAAUGCUGAAGCGCGUAGCGCAUAAAAUUGUCUGUCCUCGGUUGCAAAACUCACUACCGAGUUCCAAACUGCCUCUGGAAACAACGUCAGUACAAUAAGCGUUCGUCGGGAGCAUCAUGAAAUGGGUUUCCAUGGCCGAGCAGCCACACACAAGCCUAAGAUCACCAUGCGCAAUGCCAAGUGUUGGCUGGAGUGGUGUAAAGCUCGCCGCCAUCGGACUCUGGAGUAGUGGAAACGCGUUCUCUGGAGUGAUGAAUCACGCUUCACAAUCUGGCAGUCCGAUGGACGAAUCUGGGUUUGGUGGAUGCCAGGAGAACGCUAGCUUCCCCAAUGCAUAGUGCCAACUGUAAAGCUUGGUGGAGGAGGAAUAAUUCGUCUGGGGCUGUUUUUCAUGGUUCGGGAUAGGCCCCUUAGCUCCAGUGAAGGGAAAUCUUAACGCUACAGCAUACAAUGACAUUCUAGAUGAUUCUGUGCUUACAACUUUGUGGGGAACAGUUUGGGGAAGGCUCUUUCCUGUUUCAGCAUGACAAUGCCCCGUGCACAAAGCAAGGUCCAUACAGAAAUGGUUUGUCGAGAUCGGUGUGGAAGAACUUGAUUAUCCUGCACAGAGCCCGGACCUCAACCCCAUCGAACACCUUUGGGAUGAAUUGGAACGUAGACUGCGAGACAGGCCUAAUCACCCAACAUCAGUGCCCGACCUCACUAAUGCUCUUGUGGCUGAAUGGAAGCAAGUCCCGGCAGCAAUGUUCCAACAUCUAGUGGAAAGCCUUCCCAGAAGAGUGGAGGCUGUUAUAGCAGCAAAGGGGGGACCAACUCCAUAUUAAUGCCCAUGAUUUUGGAAUGAGAUGUUCGACGAGUAGGUGUCCAUAUACUUUUGGUCAUGUAGUGUAUGAUUGUGUCUCAAUGUAAUCUAGGUAUGAAAUUAUUGUUAGUUUCAAAUACAAUAUAUUUUUGGACUUACUUGUGGUCAUUUUGCAGUGUAGAAAUUAUUAUAAUUAUGUUCCGGCCCCCGACCAUCCGCUAUGACAAAACGGCCUGUGGCUGAAUCUAGUUGCCUACCCCUGACCUAUGAUGAUCCUAUUGAUUUGUGUUCUUGGUUACAGGGUCAGGCUUUGCUGCAAAGACUGCAGGGUCUGAAGAAGAAGGGAAUCAAUUUGAAGAUCGCCAGUGGAAUGAUCAACUCUGUAGAGCUCAAGAGCCUGUCUCGUCACAGUGAGUUAUGUUGUCAACCACAACAUCAGAGCUACAUUUACAUUCCAUAUACAGUAUAUUGCCACUAUAUAGAAAAUACUGGAUAUUGCAGAGUAUUAUAGUGAACGGUGGUGCAAGGAAGCGAACCCAGGUCGCUGGCGUGAAAGGCAAACACCCUACGCAUCGCACCAAUAGGGUUAACCCUAUUGCCGUGAUGCCUGUUGACGUGACGUUCCAAGCCAGUCACCAGGGUUCACUUCCCUCCCUCACCGUUCGCUACAAUUGUGUCAGAAGUGGGAUGACGGCUGUGAGGCUAUCGGAAUGCACGGCCCGGACGUGUGAGGGGGCUGAGUAGUCAAAUCACAGGAACUUGCCUUCCCGUUCAGAGGGGGCAGUGUAGCGAUCCUCGCUAUAUGAGCCACGUUACAAUUGCCACCAGGUGGGUUGACCCUAUCGAACCCACAACCCUGGCGUUGCAAUAACAUUCAGUAUCAAAAAUAUGCAAAAAUAGAGAAAAUCAGAAAGGGUGCAAAUACUUUUUCACAGCACUGUACAAUCAAAUGUUGAGAUUUCUAUCUCUGUUGUUUUCUGUCUUUUCCUACAUGUGUAGGUGAGGUACACUACAUUAACAUGACAGCCCUGACCAAAGGCUUUCUGCACUCUUCUUUCUGGGUGGUGGACAGGCAGCACAUCUACAUCGGCAGCGCCACCAUGGACUGGCGAUCACUGUCCACGGUAUCUUAGUAUAUUCACUCCAUUAUAUUACCUACCUGUGUAUAUUUCUGUAACGUUUAUUCUCCAUUCAAUGAGACCAGUCCACCUAUGAGUACACCUCAUACUGACUAAUAUGUUCCAUACCUUGAUUGCAUAAACACUUUUACCAACCUACUGUGUACACAAAACCAGUUUUUGAUUUUGAGGUCUGAUAUUUUGCAGGCAUCUUCUCUGGGGAUUGUCCAAUGACUCUGCAAUCAAUAUUUAUCCAAACACUGCUAUUUACACUAGGAGAACAGCAUCCAUUAAUUGGCUCAGGUUGCACAAACAUCCUGAAUAUGAAAGAGAUGCAACUUUAUAGUUGGCAGAAAACGUCACCUUUUAACGUGCAUACGAGAAAGGACAAUACUGAAUUAAUUGAGUGGGGACAAAAAGGGAAUGUGGACUUUCUUUCAUGUGCUGCUCAAAGCUGAAAAAGUACAAAGGUUAAUUAAAGUGUGACCCCAUUCACCAUACCUAGCCAGUCUAUCUUUAUCACUUCACUGAAAUAAACCUUUGCUUGAGAAGUGCAUCACUUGAAACCCCGCUGUGAGUGGUGAUGGGAGAGGCCUGGUGGAGUCCCUGCCUUGUUCAGGGCCAGAGGAGGGCAGAAGAUGAUGGGCUGGAGGGGAGAGGAGUAAUGGGCUGUGGAGAGGAAACAAGAACGAGGGAGGGAGGGAGAAGGGGAAAUUGAAGUGUGGGGAGUAGGAGAUGGGAGGAGAGGGGAUGGGAAAGGGGGAAUGGAAGGAGAGGAGAAGGGGGGGAGGAUGGGUGAAGUUGGGUAUGGGUGGAGUCCCUGGGGGCACAUGCUAACAUCGUACAACAUCUGUGCGGUUGCUUUGUUGUCUCUCAGAUGAAAGAACUGGGCAUCAUCGUCUACAACUGUAGUUGCCUGGCACUGGACCUGCACAGGGUAUUCAACCUCUACUGGCAGCUGCAGUAUAAGGACUUUAUACCGUCCUUCUGGUCCAAGAGGCUGAGCGCCUUGUGGAACAAAGAUGAGAACCUUCCGCUUCUCUUCAACAACACCAAGGCUGAGGUCUUUGUCUCUGUGAGUGACAACUAAUCAUUCUCCCACAUGGCUUCAUGCAUAAGGACAGGAGUUUGUCCGGACGAUGUGACCUUAUAACAAGAGCCUUGAGUUUUUCCAGAUCUGGUCACAGUCAGGGAAAAACUCAUAGCUUUACUAUUAUCUCAAAGUAUUUUUUUUAUCAUUCUGAGACAGGCUCAUCUUUAUACUGGAUUAAUGAAUACUUUUCAUAGAUGAUGAAUUCUGUGGGGGUUUUCUUGCUAGCAAUAAGAAAUUGCCAAUAUUUAUGGAUACUAUUUGAAGACUUUUCUUGGUUAAAGCCUAUUCAUUAGUCCUGAUAUAAAUGAUGUAAACAUUUGCAAAGUCCUCCCACAGUAAUAACUUUGACGAGAGGUGACAGUUGGGUGAAUAAAGCAAUUUCUUAAACAGCUUGAUAUGACUCAUCAGCUGGUGUUUUAAGUAUGCUGACUGGAUGAAAAGUGGCAUUGCUUCCAACAGAAAACAUAUGUUUGUCUGGUUGUAAAUUAGGCCAGUCGAUGAACAUUUCUGAAAAGCAGAGGAAACGUUCAUCAAUCGGAAGUAUUGAUAACAUGGAACUGUGAUCCGUCAUUGUUCUCAUCACACACAUUCUCUCUCUGCUGAUAAUAUACUGUAGAUUUCUCUGAAAGUGGGCCUACUGUAGCAUACAAACACACACACAGCACACCUUUUCAAGACAAAAUAACAUACUCCAAGGACACAAAAGUACACUCGAAGCGAAGUAAUUCUGGGGGGUCAGUCUUCCUUCAGCCGCCCCGCAGCAGACUAAAAACUAUGGGUGACAGGGCUUUCAGUUGCGCGGCUCUGCGGCUGUGGAACACACUUCCAGACAGUAUUAGGGCUGCAGAGUCUCUGUCGUCCUUCAAUGCACAGCUCAAGACCGUGCUGUUCAGAAAAGCUCUUAAUUCUGUUCUCAUGUCCUCCAGACCUGUAUAUACAGUUGAAGUCGGAAGUUUACAUACACUUAGGUUGGAGUCAUUAAAACUUGUUUUUCAACCACUCCACACAUUUCUUGUUAACAAACUAUAGUUUUGGCAAGUCAGUUAGGACAUCUACUCUGUGCAUGACACAAUACAUUUUUCCAACAAUUGUUUACAGACAGAUUAUUUCACUUUUAAUUCACUGUAUCACAAUUCCAGUGGGUCAGAAGUUUAAGUUUAGGUUCUAAGUUGACUGUGCCUUUAAACAGCUUGGAAAAUUCCAGAAAAUGACUUUUGAAGUUUCUGAUAGGCUAAUUGACAUUUGAGUCAACUGGAGGUGUACCUGUGGAUGUAUUUCAAGGCCUACCUUCAAACUCAGUGCCUCUUUGCUUGACAUCAUGGGAAAGUCAAAAGAAAUCAGCCAAGACCUCAGAAAAAAAAUUGUAGACCUCCACAAGUCUGGUUCAUCCUUGGGAGCAAUUUCCAAACGCCUGAAGGUACCAAGUUCAUCUGUACAAACAAUAGUAAUCAAGUAUAAACACCAUGGGACCAAGCAGCUGUCAUACCGCUCAGGAAGGAGACGCGUUCUGUCUCCUAGAGAUUAACGUACUUUGGUGCAAAAAGUGCAAAUCAAUCCCAGAACAACAGCAAAGGACCUUGUGAAGAUGCUGAAGGAAACCGGUACAAAAGUAUCUAUAUCCACAGUAAAACGAGUCCUAUAUCAACAUAACCUGAAAGGCCGCUCAGCAAGGAAGAAGCCACUGCUCCAAAACCGCCAUAAAAAAGCCAGACUAAGGUUUGCAACUGCACAUGGGGACAAAGAUCGUACUUUUUGGAGAAAUGUCCUCUGGUCUGAUGAAACAAAAAUAUAACUGUUUGGCCAUAAUGACCAUCGUUAUGUUUGGAGGAUAAAGGGGAUGCUUGCAAGCCGAAGAACACCAUCCCAACCGUGAAGCACGGAGUGGCAGCAUCAUGCUGUGGGGGUGCUUUGCUGCAGGAGGGACUGGUGCACUUCACAAAAUAGAUGGCAUCAUGAGGAAGGAAAAUUAUGUGGAUAUAUUGAAGCAACAUCUCAAGACAUCAGUCAGGAAGUUAAAGCUUGGUCGCAAAUGGGUCUUCCAAAUGGACAAUGACCCCAAGCAUACUUCCAAAGUUGUGGCAAAAUGGCUUAAGGACAACAAAGUCAAGGUAUUGGAGUGGCCAUCACAAAGCCCUGACCUCAAUCCUAUAGAAACUUUGUGGGCAGAACUGCGAGCAUGGAGGCCUACAAACCUGACUCAGUUACACCAGCUCUGUCAGGAGGAAUGGCCCAAAAUUCACCCAACUUAUUUUGGGAAGCUUGUGGGAGGCUACCCGAAACGUUUGACACAAGUUAAACAAUUUAAAGGCAAUGCUACCAAAUACUAACUGAGUGUAUGUAAACGUCUGACCCACUGGGAAUGUGAUGAAAUAAAUAAAAUCUGAAAUAAAUCACUCUCUACUAUUAUUCUGACAUUUCACAUUCUUAAAAUAAAGUGGUGAUCCUAACUGACCUAAAACAGGGAAUCUUUACUAGGAUUAAAUGUCAGGAAUUGUGAAAAACUGAGUUUAAAUGUAUUUGGCUAAGGUGUAUGUAAACUUCCAACUUCAACUGUAGCUUUGAUUGUUGUCUGUGUUCUAUGGUCUGUUUUUUGGGAUAGUUAAAACAUUUUAGCACCUUGGGUGUGAGAAAAAGACCUUUACAAAUUAAAUGUAUUAUAUUAUUAUUAUUGUUAUUAUAUAUCAAGAAAUAGAGAACAGAGACAGGAUCAGUUAGAGACAAGUAGAAAGAAGGUAGCAAUGCUGUUGGAAUACUAAUGGUCAAAGAUAUGCUCUAAGAGGUGGUGGUGAUGAUGACGACGAUGAUGAUGAUGAUGAUGAUUUGAUGACAAUGAUUGAUUGCAUCUGUAUAGCCCUGGCAUUGACAUGAGGGCCUCCGUUCUCUACCCUCUACUGAUUUAAAAGUCUUAUCUUGUGACAGAGCUCUCCAGAUGUCUUCUGCCCUAAAGACAGGACCAGAGACCUUGACGCCAUAUCCUACGUGAUCCAAAAGGCCAAGAAGUUCAUCUACAUAUCCAUUACAGACUACCUGCCUCUCACUAACAGGAAUGCUCACAGGUGAGCAAUUUGUUAACACUGACAGCACCUAUCACCUUAUUGUUAGUGUUGUAUUGUUUGCCGAUUUAUACAAUGACAACUGCUAGAAUGAAACCGAUAGGAUAAAACUGUGUAACUGUGUAUAAUUACCUGUAAUUACCAAACAGAUUAGUGUGUAACUCUUUGUUACCUUGGCAGAUACUGGUCACGUAUAGACGGGAUGCUUCGGGAGGCCUUGAUCCUGAGGAACAUCGAAGUGCGUCUGUUAGUAAGCUGCUGGGAGCAAACGCAUCCCCUGACCUUUAACUUUGUGUGGUCCCUGAAGACCCUGUGUAUGGAGCUGGCCAACUGUUCAAUGGAGGCUGUGAGUGUGCACCUACAUUAUCGGACACCACACGCAUACAUCCUCAUUACCUGGAUACAAACUGACGUUAUACAGAAUCAUCAAACCUACAUUACCAGGCUCAUUAUACCUACAGUGAGCUACAAAAGUAUUGAGACACAUUUUGUUGUUGUUUUGAAAUGAUACAAUGACUAUGAGAUUAAAGUGCAGACUGUCAGCUUUAAUUUGAGGGUAUUUCCAUCCAUAUACGGUGACCCGUUUAGAAAUUACAGCACUUCUUGUACAUAGUCCCCAUUCUAGGGGACCAAAAGUAUUGAGACAAAUUCACGUAUGUGUAUUAAAGUAGUCAAAGUUUUAGUAUUUGGUACCAUAUUUCUAGCACACAAUGAUUACAUCAAGCUUGUGACUCUACAAACUUGUUGGAUGCAUUUGCUGUUUGUUUUGGUUGUGUUUCAGAUUAUUUUGUGCCCAAUAGAAACGAAUGGUAAGUAAUGUAUUGUGUCAUUUUGGAGUCACUUUUUUUUUGUAAAUAAGAAUAUAAUAUGUUUCUAAACAUUUCUUCAUGAAUAUGGAUGCUACCAUGAUUACAGAUAGUCCUGAAUGAAUCGUGAAUAAUGAUGAGUGAGAAAUUUAGACACACAAAUAUCAUACCACCAAGACAUGCUAACCUCUCACCAUUACAAUAACAUUUUGUUUGGGGGGGGGGGGGGGGGGGUAUAUAUUUGUGCAUCUGUAACUUUCUCACUCAUCAUUUUUCACGAUUCAUUCUGGACUAUCCGUAAUCAUGGUAGCAUCCACAUUAAUGUAGAAUUGUUUAUUUACAAUAAAAGUGACUCUAAAAUGACAAUAUAUUAUUUACCAUUCCUUUCUAUUGGCCACAAAAUAAUCAAAUCCAAAGUGCUGGAGUACAGAGCUAAAACAACAAAUGUGUCACAGCCCCAAUACUUUUGUAGCUCACUGUAUAUAAUCAUCUCUACUGUAAGUAAUGUAAAACGUAUUCAUCUCUACUGUAAGUAAUGUAAAACGUAUUCAUCUCUACUGUAAGUAAUGUAAAACGUAUUCAUCUCUACUGUAAGUAAUGUAAAACGUAUUCAUCUCUACUGUAAGUAAUGUAAAACGUAUUCAUCUCUACUGUAAGUAAUGUAAAACGUAUUAAUCUCUACUGUAAGUAAUGUAAAACGUAUUCAUCUCUACUGUACCUGCAAACCUACUGUACGUCAUGUAAAAUGUAUGCAUUCAUCACUACUGCUAAGCCAGUCCUUGUCAUUCAUCACUACUGCUAAGCCAGUCCUUGUCAUUCAUCACUACUGCUAAGCCAGUCCUUGUGUGUUUUGUGCAGAAGUUCUUCAGCCCCAGAGAGCAGAGAGAUGGCACGCUACAGGGAAUCAACCAUAACAGAUUCAUGGUGACAGACAGUGCUGUGUACAUAGGUGAGUUCACUUGCAUUAAUUUCAGAUGAAAAUAACUAUUUUGCGAAUGGUUGAUUUGUUGAUUCAAUUAUUGGUCUAGCUACUGGUUGGUGGAUUGAUUUGUUUGCUUGUGAGGUGGGUUGACUCUUGGGCUAGUACCUUUGAAUCUAUAUUUCUGAUUAUAUAUUUUGACGGGUGUCUGUUGUCCCACAGGCAACUUUGACUGGGUGGGGAAUGAGUUUACGUUCAACGCUGGAGCAGGCAUCGUGAUCAAUCAGGCGGAGGGGGUGAAGGAGAAGAACUCAACGUUGGUGGAACAGGUGAGGGCUGCGUUCGAGCGGGACUGGUAUUCGCGCCACACCAAGAGCCUGCAGGCUAACAAGAUCCCAGUCUGCAACAAGCACCAGCUCAACCAACUGGCACAUCUCAAAAUCGCUCAACCAACAGAGAGCAGUGGGAGUAAGGAGAGUCCCAAUGGCUCCCUGUAA